AUGCCAAUCAUAACCGACUUCACCCUCCCCACCUCUCCGGCGUCGUUGGAAACUCCAAAGGACACCCUGUUCCUGGCAUUCAUCGCCUCGAAUGAACCCUCAACAGGACAAUCCUGGUGUCCAGACGUGCGAGCUGCGCUGCCGGUCCUACAGAAGGAGUUUUCUUCAGCGGAUAGUCAGGAUCUGGCGUUUGUUGAGGUGGGACAGCGGCCUGAGUGGAGAGAUCCGAUGAAUGUCUUCAGGCAAAAAUGGGUGGUGAGCAGUGUGCCUACCUUGGUCAAGUUUGAGAAAGAGAAUGGAGGAUUGCGCGAAGUGGGAAGGCUAGUGGAGGGUGAGAUCCUGGAUCAGCAGAAGCUGAAGGCAUUGAUAGAUGGUGAUUCUGCAUGA